AUCAAUGACCAGGAACCUUCAGCAGACACACUCUAUUGCUCCCACCCACACACAUUUACAGAAGUCAAAAGUUCCUUUUUCAUUUAACAGCCAAACAGAGGGGCCUUGUAUAUUCCAUUUUAUUUAAUACAGCUCGAAGGCCUCCUGGAGUAUUUCAGCUCAUAAGUGUAUGCUAUACAAUAAGAGAGAGAGAGAGAUUUUUUGGUUUUCGUUGAGUGAGAGGAAAUUUUGAAACAUUGUGCAAUGGUGCCGCAAAAGUUUUGAAAGGUUGUGAGAGCAUUUUUGCCUGCAAAGUGUCUGAGAGUCGGUUUGUUGGAGAAGAGGUCUCCAUGUUGCAUCCAUACAGAAUGGAGAGCUAUCUCAUCCCACCUCACACAGAAGAAAUGUAUGAUCCUGAGAUAUACAGGCAUCAAAUUGCAGAAUAUUAUAAUCCAUAUGUUCUAGACGCAGAUAUUCAGGCAGACCACUGGGACUACCACCCUCACCCUCAUGUGCACCCUGUAGAGUUUGAGAAUCUCCAAGAGACAAACUUCACAGAGCUGCAGAGUGUGCAGGCUCUGCACCCACCCGGCCUGAUACGACACGAGGCCAUACGAUAUGACCCAGAUAAUCUGCUGGAUCCAAAUCUUGGAGCACAUGCUCAUGUGUUACAGCAACCAGCUCCUAUGUUGAAGGUAACGUUCUUCCCUCGGGGCAUGUAUCCGCCACAUGUGUCUCAGCGCAGCUCUGAUGAUGAAGAUCAUGGAGGACGAAGUCCCCCACUGGAGGUGUCUGAUGAGGAGUGUCUGAGAGAUCGAGCAACUUAUGUCACACCUGGAGAGAUGGGCAAUAAAAAGAAGAUCCGCUUGUACCAGUUCCUGUUGGACCUUUUAAGGAAUGGCGAUAUGAAGGACAGUAUCUGGUGGGUGGACAGAGACAAAGGGACAUUCCAGUUUUCUUCCAAACACAAGGAGGCUCUCGCACACCACUGGGGAAUCCAGAAGGGCAACCGCAAAAAAAUGACCUAUCAGAAGAUGGCUCGUGCCUUACGCAACUACGGCAAAACUGGAGAGGUGAAAAAGAUUAAGAAAAAGUUGACAUACCAGUUCAGUGAUGAGGUGCUAGGGAAGAGUCAUCUAGAGAGAAAACCAUAUAUGUAGGUAGGAGGGAUACUGAAAUGUCAAGACUGAGUCAUGAAAAGUGUUGACAUUUGAUUUGAACUUUCUGGUGUUACUGUAGAUGCUUAAUUGACCUUGCUGACGGGGUAAAUAGCAUUAUGUCAAUAUCAUUACUGUUGUAAAGAGGGAUUAAUCUUUUGAAGAUACCAUCUAAAACAGAAUAAUGUAUAUAAUUUCCAUAGAGGUAUGGAGCUAUAAAGAAAAAAUCCCCAGUUACUCUUUAUAACAAGGCAUGUUGGAGAGGUGAUGUAGAGUAGAGUUACCAACUGAUGACGAAAUACUGCAAAGUAUAGCAAUAUGGAAAUAAACUCAGGGCUCGAUGUGAAAAUGUGUAACCUGUCAUUUGCUAAUGUAUACAAAAAAUUGUGAAUGGCUACCCAGAUUUGAGAAUGUGUUACAAUUAUUUCUUGAUUGUGAGCUUUGUCCUUGAUUUAUUUUGUAGUUCAGAGAUUUUGGUGUAAUGGCCAAAGUUGGAACUGCAAGUCAUGUGAUGCUUGGGUUCAGAGAGACAUUUUGUUACAUGAUGUCUAAUUCGUUUUAAAGGCCACCAAGAGCAAUUGGCAGCAGAGGAAACACACUAACAUCUGUAUGAGCAUUAAGCAGAGUGUAAGCAGAUUCCAGUGUAUAGCUUUCAAAUCUCUUAUAGUGCACAGUCACAAAUUUCCGUGCACAUUUUCAAAUAUUUGUGACACCCUUGCAAACAUAAGAUUGUGCAUUCCCAAUUCUCAGUAUGCAUUUUCUUGUUUGUUUUUUUUGUGAAGAUAAAUUGUACUCAACAUUAAAGGAAUAGUUUGACAUUUGGGAAAUAUGCUUCUAUCUUGCUAAGAGUUAAUAUUUACUGCACAGAUACAAGAGUGGUGUGAAUCUUGUCAAACUCUUGCCAAGAAAGUGAAUGACCAAAUUUUGUUUCCACUUGUGGUCCUUAUAGAGCUUGUUGUUUUGAAAUGUCCCAGUAGGUAUUCUUAUCCUUGUGUUGGACAUGUUUAAGUUCUCUUAAGAUUUUAGUUUAUAUUUCUGUGUGUAUAUAUAUUUACCAUGCAUUUCCAUUUAAUAUUUAAAACAACAAACAUACAAACAUAAAGAAGUCAUUAAUGAGGCAGACUUACAUUGAGCAGUCACUUUGAUUAGGUUAUGUGAUGACGGCAUGUAAUCUGUUUGUACAAAUAUAUUAAACUUUGUCAGUUUUACUUAAGAAAUGCUUGUAAAAAAAAUAAAAUAAAACGUUAAUCAA